AAGAAGGCGUAGCAGCAGCUACCGGAAUUCAAAAUUGCAGAGGACAAACAGAUUUAUUUUCUAUUUAAAUACAUAAAUAAAUAAUACGAGAUAUAUGGGUUUUCCGGGAAUUUGUUUGUUGUUAGUUUAAAGUCGUUAGUUUUAAUGGAAGGUAAAGUGAAAGAAAUGGAGAAUAUGUUGAAUAAAUAAGAGAGGGAGUCGCGGUUACCAAUGGCGACGCGGACGCGCUCGCGCCGCUCAAACUGACUAGCAGAGUUUAUAAACCUGCUCUGAUUGAUCCGGAGUGAUCUUUCCUCUGUGUUUAUCAUGACGUCCAAACAGAAGAAAGGCCUGAGGGGCUCGAUCAGUGACGUGUUGGGAGACCUGCUGGGAGACGAUGCUGAUGAUCCGCCGAUGAAGGCCAGGUCUCCGCCUGGAGGACUCGGCAGACCAGCAGGUGUCUUGCGAACACAAAGCGGCAAGAGGAACCUGCUAGACGAUGAGUUCUUCAGUAAGCUGGCGGAGGAGGCGGAGAAAGACGACGAGGCUUCCGAUGUGUCCGAGGCAGACCCGAAGGCUUUGCUGGAGAGCAUGAAGGACAUGGAUGAUAUGGACGCCGACUUGUUUGGCUCGAAGAGGAAGCCCAGUUCAGCCCCGGCGCAGAGCAGAACCUCCAGAACCGACACAUCUAAACCAGAAGACGUGAACAAAACUAAUCGGUUGGAGGAGAGGAAGCCCAGCUCUGCUCCCGCUGCUGCAGUGAGGAACUACAGGAAAUUCGGCUUCAUGGAUGGUGAUGGUGAUGAUGAGUCACCAGCUGCCAAACAAGAUGAACUGGAUGAUCCUCUGGAUGACCUGCUGAACCAACUGGACGAGGAACGGCCGAAGAGCAUUCCAUCCGGAAAAGCAGGAAAGCAGCAGUCAUCCUCCCCGGCUGUACAGAAGAAAGAGGAGCGAGCCAUGCCUGCACCUGCACCUAAGAAUGACAACGAGCUGACCUUCGACGAUGACGAAGACGACCUGAUGGACGCACUGGGGUUCAGUGACACCCCAAAACGACGAGAAAGUGGACUCAUCCCCAAAAAAGAGAAUGAAGCUCCUCAGAGAGCACGCACCAGACUGGAUGAGAUUUUGGGGAUCGGGACGUCUCCUCGCCUGCUGGAGAGACCUGUGACCGGCGAGAAAAAAGACACAACACCCGCAGAGAGACAGCCACAGAAGAGCUCAGCUUUCAAAGAUUCUGUGUUUGGAGAAGAAGACUUAACGUUCGGCUCGUACCAGCCUACCCUGGGCUCGACUCCGGAGGGACGUACCUCUCGCAGGCACUCCGUACGAUUCUCUACUGAGGACAUCAGCUCUGCUUCUCCAGAACACAAGAUCAAAACCUCCACCGUGACCUCCACACGACCUGGCCGUCCCGCUUCAGACUGGCUCGGGCUGAAACAGGACGAAUACGAAGCAGAGAAGGAGGAGGAGCCAAAGAGGAGAGAGACGAAGGAGUCCACGGGAGCUUCUGAGAGACCAAAACCUCCUCCUUCUCCAUCACAUAUAGGAGGAAAACCAUCCAGAGUGACCUUGAAGCCCAACGAGGAGCUCCAAGCCGUGAAUGACUCUCCAGAAACUUCCACAAACGCUGCAGCCAAAUCAGAGCUUAAACAGAAGGAGUACGAGGACGACUGGCUGGCAGGAGCUCUGAGUAAGAAGAAAGCACUGGUGGAGGAGAGAGAGAAGAGGCAGGAGGAAUCUCUGGGGCUUGGAGAGGAGAUAGACCUGGACACGUUCCUCAGCAAACGAAACACCACCUCGACUCCGCAUAGGGAAAAAGAGGACACACCCCUCCCUACCAGACAGCCCAGCAGUCAGUCUCUAGUUGCGUCUAGCCGACAGCAGAGCCCUGCUCCUGCCCCGACGUCCAGCACAGGAGGUCAACACAUACACGAACAGAAACCUGCAGUUGUGAGCGCUGCACCUGUCCAGCAGGUGUCUCUGUCUACAGAUGGCCUUCAGCAGCUCCUCCUGCAGCAGCAGCUGGCUCAGGCUCAGCUCUGGGGUUUAGGGACACCACUGGACCCGAAUUCCUUACAGAAACAGAGCAGAGACGCAGAACAUCACACCAGAGACUCUACUGCACUACAGACCAGGAUCAUACAGCUGGAGGGACAGGUACGGAGUCUGCAGCUGGAAAAGGAUCAGCUACAGAUGUUACUAGAUAAUGUCCAACAGAGACACAAACAUGACACAGAGCUUAUGGAGAACACACACAGAGCUCGUGUGAAGCUGCUGGAGGAGUGUGCAGUGCAGCGGGAGACCCGGGCACACAUGGAGAACCAGGAGCUGACGGAGCGCCUGGAGGCGGUGAUGAAGCUGGUGCAGCAGGAGAGGGCGGAGCUUCAGGAACAGCACCACCGUAGGCUAGCACAGAGCCAACAGGAGAGAGACAGAGAGGUGGAGAGACUCCGAGAGCUCCAGAGGAAAUCCAUACUGGAGAUGAAGAAGGAUCACGAGGAACAGGUACAGAGACUUAGGAGACUGAAGGAUGAAGAGAUUGAUGCAGUGACCAGUGCUACUUCACAGACCAGGUCCCUGUCGGCAGUUAUUGAGCAGAUGGAGCAGUUCUCUCUCAGGUUAGGCGAUCUCUCGUCUCGCAUUGAGAACACUCACGAAAACACGACUCACGGUCUGGAGCUCGGUGCUCGCCAGAGAGACGAACAACUGCGAGUGCUGCAGGUGCGUCUGACUCAGCAGCAGAGGGACAUGGUCGAGGAGAGAACCCGACUCAAAGAGGUCAUAUCCAAGAUGGACUCACAGCUGGCCGAGCAGCAGAGACAGCUGCAGCAGGAGCGCUGGCGGGUCACGGCAGAGCAGGCUAAAGCGGAGUCAGCGUUACGAGGCCUUGAGGAGGAGAGACGCACCAUGACUCAACACUUCACCAUAGAGAGAGAGGAGCUGGAGAGAGCCAAGAGCACUCUGCUAGAGGAGCAGCAGUCGGUGAUGCAGCGCUGUGCAGAGGAGAGGAGGAAACUGGCUGCAGAGUGGACACACUUCCACACCCAGGACAAACUGCGCAAGGAGAGAGAGAUGGACCGAGAGGGACACAUCAUCAGCAUGGCACAGGAGCAGGCCGAGCUGAAGCUCAAAGCGGGAGAGCUGAAGCAGAGAGAGGAGGCCAUACAGAAGGAGAGAGAGAACCUGGAGAAACUCCGAGGCGAGCUGGAGGGGGAGAGAGAGAGACUGAACACAGCGGCUCUGCACCUCAAACACCGAGCUCAGGAGGUGGAGACUCUCAGCAAGCUGGCAUAUGAGCGGUAUGAGGAGGGCGGGAGAGCGCUGCAGGAAGCUCGGCAGGUGGAGGCGGGACAUCAGGUUCGUCUGCGCAACAUCCACACUGAGCUGGAGCGACUGAGGAAGCAGGAGCACAACCUACAGCAGGAGAGGAUGAGAAUGACAGAUUAUCACAGAGAGAUGGACAGAAUGAGACACAACCUUCCUACUGACCACUUACCUGCCCCUGUUGAUCCUUUACGUACAGGGUUUUCUCCGGUGUUUAACAGCACGGCGGUUCUUCCUCCAGCGGCGCCAAAUAACAGCUCCAGAGCCGUUUCUCCAAAACUACAAGCCACACUGGCCACACUGGCUGUGCUGAGACACACUGCUGAGAAGGACCGGGACUUCCUGCAGGAUGAACAGUUCUUUCUGGACACACUGAAACGCACACCAUGCAGCACAACCCUACAUACAUGACAACGGCUCAAACAGGGUAUUAAGGACUCUGAUGGUUUGGGGGAAGAAGCUGUUACACAGUCUGUCUGUGAGGGAGGAGAAUGAAGAGUGUGUGUGAUCUGCACGAUUAUGGCCAAAAUGAUAAUCCCGAUUAUUUAUCAUGAUUAUUAAUUGAUUUUAGGGACAACAUAUUUUUUUGUACUUUCACAUUUAAAUAAACAGACCGCUGCUUUCA